AUGACACUGGAGGAAUUAGUUGACGCCCUCCCCAUCAACAAAGCAAAAUCUCUAGGUGUAUCCCGCCUAAUGCAAAUUUUAAUGAAUUCGGCGUUCUUCAUCAAAGCCACAAUCUCCAACAAUGAUCCCGAAAAUAUGGGAUAUUGGUUUACAUCAGCUUCUCGUCUCCUCUUAAAAGAUGAGCCAUUGAGCGUGACACCAUUUUUACUAGCCUUGCUAGAUCCGGCUUUGACAGAGCCAUGGCAUCAUCUAAGUGAAUGGUUUGAAAAUGAGAAUCCCACGCCAUUUGCUACUAAACAUGGGAAGACAUUUUGGGAGUAUGCUGGACAGGAGCCAAGGUUGAAUAACUUCUUCGAUGAAGCAAUGGCUAGUGAUGCAAAGUUGGUGGCUAGUGUGCUUAUUAGUGAUUGUAAACAUUUAUUCGAAGGUCUGAAUUCAAUUGUAGAUGUGGGAGGUGGAACAGGAACUGCUGCGUCAGAGGUAGGGAGUUCUUAUAAUGAAACUUUGAUAGUUUUGGAGUCUGAUAUACAGUAUGCAAUGCUAUUGGGUGGGUUUGGGAUUGUACAGGGCCAUGGUGGAGGGGGCUGGGAUAGGACGCCUCGCCAUGAUGGUGGUGGAUUGUUUGGGGAUGGGGGGGAGUGGAUAAAGAUGAAAUUGGAUGAAGGAGAUGAAUGA